GAUGUCAGCAGGAUACAAAUAGCAGCGGCGCAGAUCGACUCCCGACGCCUUGCCGAGCUCCGGCCGCUCGCCAGCCCUGCUGCCUGCUCCCUGCUCCCUGCCGCCGCCUCACCGCCACCAUGAGCCAGUCGUACUCCUCCAGCCAGCGGGUCUCUUCCUACCGCCGCACCUUUGGUGGCGGCACCUCGCCGGUCUUCCCCCGUGCCUCGUUUGGGAGCAGGGGCAGCGGCAGCUCUGUCACCUCCCGUGUCUACCAGGUGUCGCGCACCUCGGCCGUGCCCACCCUGUCCACCUUCCGCACCACUCGUGUGACACCGCUGCGCACCUACCAGAGCGCCUACCAGGGGGCCGGCGAGCUGCUGGACUUCAGCCUGGCCGAUGCCAUGAACCAGGAGUUCCUCCAGACCCGCACCAACGAGAAAGUGGAGCUGCAGGAGCUCAACGACCGCUUCGCCAACUACAUUGAGAAGGUGCGCUUCCUGGAGCAGCAGAAUGCGCUGAUGGUGGCCGAGGUGAACCGCCUGCGGGGCAAGGAGCCCACGCGCGUGGCCGAGAUGUACGAAGAGGAGCUGCGGGAGCUGCGGCGCCAGGUGGACGCGCUCACCGGGCAGCGGGCGCGCGUGGAGGUGGAGCGUGACAACCUGCUAGAUGACCUGCAGAAGCUCAAGCAGAGGCUGCAAGAGGAGAUCCAGCUGAAGGAGGAGGCUGAGAACAACCUGGCUGCUUUCAGAGCUGAUGUGGACGCAGCUACGCUGGCACGUAUUGACCUGGAGAGACGCAUCGAGUCCCUGCAGGAGGAGAUUGCCUUCCUCAAGAAGGUGCACGAAGAGGAAAUCCGCGAGCUGCAGGCUCAGCUACAGGAGCAGCAUAUCCAGGUGGAGAUGGACAUCUCCAAGCCCGACCUGACAGCCGCGCUGCGGGACAUCCGCGCACAGUACGAGAGCAUCGCCGCCAAGAACAUUGCCGAGGCUGAGGAGUGGUACAAAUCCAAGGUGUCUGACCUGACGCAGGCAGCCAACAAGAACAACGAUGCCCUGCGGCAGGCCAAGCAGGAGAUGCUGGAGUACCGCCACCAGAUCCAGUCCUACACCUGUGAGAUCGAUGCCCUCAAGGGCACGAAUGACUCGCUGAUGCGCCAGAUGCGGGAAAUGGAGGAGCGCUUUGCGGGGGAGGCCGGCGGGUACCAGGACACUAUUGCGCGGCUGGAGGAAGAGAUCCGGCACCUGAAGGAUGAGAUGGCCCGGCACCUGCGCGAAUACCAGGACCUGCUCAAUGUCAAGAUGGCCCUGGAUGUGGAGAUCGCCACCUACCGCAAGCUGCUGGAGGGCGAGGAGAACCGGAUCAGCAUCCCCAUGCACCAGACCUUUGCCUCUGCUCUCAAUUUCCGAGAGACCAGCCCAGACCAGCGUGGCUCCGAGGUACACACCAAGAAGACAGUGAUGAUCAAAACCAUCGAAACUCGUGAUGGAGAGGUGGUGAGCGAGGCGACCCAGCAGCAGCACGAGGUGCUGUAGAAGACUCUGACCCGGUGCCCAGCCGCCCUUUUGCCCCCCCCCAAGACCUUACUCCCCCCCGACACGGCCGCCUCCGGGCACGGCCCGGGCUUCCCCCGCACCCCCGGGCUCUCUCCUUCGGCUUCGCAAGGCUUCGCAGCUAGCGCCAGGAUCAGGGCCGGGCCGGGGGGCGGCAGAGAGGGACGGAGGGGACAGGCAGGAAGGGGUGGGGGGAGCAGGUGGUGGCCUCGGGUCCCAGCAGCGGGUUCUGCAUCCCCCCCGCGCCCCGCAGCCCCCCCCCCCUUCCGCUCGGGGGCGGUCCCGCAGGAGCAGGAGCCGUCUCCCCGCACGGCACCGCAGCCCGCCUCGGAGCUGGCGUUUCUCCUGGGUGGGGCUGCAGCGAUGCCGGGGACGGGGAGAGGCUGGGGUGCUCCGGGGGCCGGGGCUCUGCGCUCCCCCCCACCGCUGCCCUAGAGGCAGCCCCGUCCGGGGGCGGGUGGGGGGAGAGGCUGCGCGGGGACGGGGCUGGCUGAGCCGAGAGGAAACCCGUAGGUGGACACAGGAAAGAGCAGGAGUGAGUGAGUGGGAGAGAGGGGGCAAAGAGAGAGAGGAGCCGGAGAGAGGCCCGGGGGCCAGGGCCGGCGACCCCACCCCUCGCCCCACCGCACCCCCACCCCACCGCGUGUACGUGACUGCCGGCGGCUGAAAUAAACAGAGGAGCAUC